AUGGCCUCGACCUCAAGGUCUUUGUCACGAUUGUUCACCAGGGUGCCGCUGUCAUCCUCAUUCCGAUCCUCCUCUCGCCGCGUCUUCUCGACAGCUCCUCCACCGCCGCCAAACGGAGCGCAAUCUUCCGCUGACGCUCGUUCCCGCCUUCAACAACUGAACGCGCGCCUCCCAGCAUUCCUGCGACGGUAUACCACCCCCCUCCUGGGCGCCCCUGUCACCCACAUCACGUCCUUCCUCAUCUUGCACGAAAUCACGGCGGUGGUUCCCCUCUUCGCCCUCGUGGCCGGGUUCCAUUAUGGCGGGUGGAUGCCAGACCUGACUGGUGACGGGGGAGCGUUCGACGACGGCGUGAAGCGAUUCGGGCGCUGGUUGAAGAAGAAAGGAUGGGUGGAGGGCGACGAUGUCGAGGCCGCUGCCACCGCCGCAGCUACGAGUGCUGAUGGUCAUGGAAGGCAGGAGCUGGCAGCGUCAACAGAGAAGCACAAGGGCGUACGGUUGGUGCUCGAGUUUGCAACGGCAUAUGCCAUCACCAAGGCACUGUUGCCGAUACGCAUCACUGCCAGCGUGUGGGCGACACCCUGGCAGAGGGGUGCGACGCGUCUUCAGAAGCAAUAA